AUUGAGAGAAGACUACUUGCAAAGUUCAUGGCCAUGGCAAGAAUGAAGAUUCAUUUAAGAAGAACCCUAACCCAUCCCCACCGUCCUCAGUCCGUCACCACCAUUCUCCAUCCUUCACCAACUCCCAUCGCCAAUUUCGCUCCUUCAAAUCCUUUUCACCCACAUCUCAUAAAUCCCCCAGACAGCAGCUCAUUGUUUCUCCAACCCCACUGCAAUCGCGUGUCACCUUCGACAACCAUGGGUUUCCCCUUUUCUACAAGCAAACACUGGCUCCCCCUCAAGUUUCGGCUAUCUCUACCAUUUGGGUUUCCAUUUUAGGAGGAACUAUCACUCUCACUCACAAUUUUUUGGUAUGAUGUGAGCAGGAAACCAAUCUCUUUCUUUCUCUAAUUUUGGUAAACUUAGUUGAAUAUUGACUAUUUUAGAUUUGGGAAAUAGCAUAGGAUCUAUGGGUCUUUUGUUCUUUGUCUUCUUGAAAGAUCAUGACAGUGUUGUGUUAGGUGAAUUUGGAAUUUGUUUAUGUUUAUCUUGCCUCUAAACUUGCAACAAUGUUGAUGUUUUUUGCAACUAGUAUGAGAUCAAGUGCUGUCAUGUUUACUUUGCUGUAGUUCUCACACUUGAAUUUGUGCUGCUUUAUUUUAAGAAAUUUUCCAUUUGGUGGCUGUGUUUGUCUAAAGUUUUGCUGCUGUUUGGCUUAGAUUCUACUGUUGUUUUGUCUUGAACUCUCUAUUGUUGUGUCCAGAAUUUAUACUUGUCGUGGUGUAGAAUUUAUUUGCAUUUUCCUGCACUUAUUCUUGUUGUUGUCUGCUUUAUUCUACUCAGACUUGCAUUUUUCU